UACUCUUAAAUCUUAAUACCCUCUCUGUCUCCAUCUCUUCACUUCAUUUCUAUAUUUGAUGUCUAAAAAGAUGUGAAUAAAUUAUUAGUAAUAAAACAGAGUGUCAUGAAUGUGAAGACGAAGGAAAACCUCUCCCUUCUCUUCCCUCUUAAACCCAUACCUUCCUUCUUUCUUCUUCACUGAAGAUCAAUGGCCAAGUAUCACCGCAACGACGUCGGAUCCGUCGUCCUCGGUCGCCCUUCCCCCACCACCUCCGGCAACCACUUCGGACUAUGUACAUCCUUCUCCGCCGCCUCAUUCCGAAGAAAAAUCUUGGACGCCAUGAGCUGCGGCUCCAGUUCUCGCCACCGUCAACAGCUCAUGCAGGAAAUGAUCUACGACGCCGUCCGCCCUCCUCCUCCCCCUCCCACCAGCACCACCACAAUACGUUCUGUAUUAAAACAGUCCAACGAACCCAUAAAAACAAAAAGGCCUGUGAAAAACUCCAUCAACAAUGGCAAACCAGACAAGCUAGCCGAUCUCUUGAACUUAGAGGAAGCGGAAAGUGAUGCUGAGACUACGAAAAAAGUGCAAGCUUUGGAGGGGUUGAAGCGCUUGGUUAAGGAAUUGCAAAUGGAAAAAGAAGAAAACAAAAGAGCAGCUGCCAGUAGAGUGAGAUUGCUCACUAAAGAUGACCCAGAAAGCAGAGUAACUUUAGCCAUGCUAGGAACUAUCCCCCCAUUGGUUGCAAUGCUUGAUUUUGAGGAUUCUAAUUCACAGAUCGCUGCUCUCUAUGCCUUGCUUAAUCUAGGAAUCGGAAAUGACCAGAACAAAGCAGCCAUUGUUAAAGCAGGGGCAGUGCAUAAGAUGCUAAAGCUUAUAGAGUCCCCUAAUGAGCCAAGCCAAGCUGUUUCAGACGCCAUAGUAGCAAAUUUCCUUGGCUUGAGUGCCUUGGAUUCAAAUAAGCCUAUCAUUGGAUCUUCAGGGGCUAUCCCUUUCUUGGUGAAAACCCUAAAGAUAUUGGAUAAGCAAAGUGGGUGUCAAGCAAGGCAUGAUGCUCUUAGAGCGCUUUACAAUCUAUCCAUCUCCCCAUCAAACAUUCCCUUCAUUAUGGAGUCUGAUUUGAUACCCUUUUUAGUGAAUGCCUUGGGGGACAUGGAUGUUAGUGAAAGGGUUCUUUCGAUAUUGAGCAAUGUAGUGUCCACUCCAGAAGGUAGAAAAGGGAUUAGCAUUGCCCCAGAAGCAUUCCCAAUUUUGGUUGAUGUGUUGAAUUGGACUGAUUCCCCAGGGUGUCAAGAGAAAGCAUCAUACAUUCUCAUGGUGAUGGCACAUAAGGCAUAUAGAGACAGGCAAGCCAUGAUUGAAGCAGGCAUCGUUUCAUCACUGCUUGAAUUGACACUUUUAGGUAGCAUGUUAGCACAAAAGAGAGCUUCUAGGAUUUUGGAGGUAUUGAGAGUGGAUAAAGGGAAGCAAGUUUCGGGUAACUUAGGCGGGAAUACAAGUGCAGCAGUGUCUGCUCCAAUUUACGGGUCAUCGGCAAAUCAAUACGGAAAAGAUUGCUUGGUGGAAGAAGGGAUGAUGAGUGAGGAGAAGAAAGCUGUUAAACUAUUGGUCCAACAAAGUUUGCAGAACAAUAUGAAGAGAAUUGUGAAUAGAGCCAAUUUGCCUCAAGAUUUUGUUCCAUCAGAACAUCUCAAGUCCCUCACGGCUAGCUCAACUUCAAAGAGCUUACCCUUUUGAACCAAAAAUGGAGUUACCCAUGCCGAUUUCCAUCCAAUGUAGGAGGAGAUAGCUGUUAGUUACUUUUGUAGCUGUUGUCAGUGUAUGAUAUAUAGCCGUUGUCAAUAUUCCAUCAUUGUACUUUCAUAAUUAACCUUUUGUAGAAAAUUGCUGCUUCAUUUGACA